AUGUCCGUAGGACGACUCCAGGCUGCUCUUGGUGCUGUCACUAACGAGUUUACUGCUGCUGCUGCGAAUAUUAAUUUCGACUUCACGCUUAUCAAAGUGGAAGCACCAAAAGAGUUCCAGCCCCUCGGCGACUCCCUUGCUCUGGUGAAGAGGGCGGAAGCUGAAUCGGGUUCUGCACACGUUCUGGCACGGGAACUUGGUGCCUUGUUCACAGGCAUAUGUCCAAAAACGCCUCAGCUACUGAAGGCGUAUGGUACUCGUGUGUCAGAGAUAUCUGAAGCAUCGAAGAAAAGAUUCGGAAACCAAGGCCUUGGAUCAAUCUUCUCCGAAUAUAGCGGGAUCGAUGGAACCGCAAUAUGGGCUGCUGCAACAUCUUCUGAAGUAGCGAUACAGGCACAUUUGCUUGCAUGUAUGAUCGCUCGAAUCUUUGAACCACCGCAAGCUGUAGCCAUUUGGGUUGAAAUGGUUCGAGCAAGAAAGAGCGAGGUUGCAGACAAGGUUGAAUGUGGCGAACAGGUGCCAUUUGCAUUGGUAAAUGUCGCUUGUCGCAGAGACAUCAGGAAGACAGAGCUAGCCGAAUGGGAUGCUAGCAUCAGAGCGUGGAUGAAUACUGCCGACGACAUUAAAAAGGAUGAGGCGAUGAAACUUCGAGAUUUGUUGAAAACUGUUCAAUAUCCUGUGAACAGCAACACUAAUCUCUACCAAAGCGUUACAGAAGCUUGGAGGUCAUCACUUGAAAGCAUGGAGAAACUGAUUCGAGGGGAACCUUUGUCUAUUCAGGAUGGCGCAAUCUUGUUAGGUUUAUCAUCCUGGCAUCUGUAUCCAAACCUCAAAAUAUUCACUUCCCAAAUUGAAGUGAACAUGGACGACAGCCUCAUACAUCCGGGUGGUGUCCUAAGUCUCGGACUUUCUCCUUUAAGGAACAAUGCCCGCGGUGUCUAUUGGUGUUUAUCUUUGGCUCAUCUGCGGCAUUAUGGGAAGCCUGUACGGACAGAACAACGAUUGCAACACGAUUCUACCAGGAUAACCUUUCCAGAGUUCAUGUUCGCCGCUCUUGGAGCCCUUUUAGGCCGAUGGGAAGUCCAAUUCGAUGAAAUCAACUCCGCCAUGGAAGUUCUAUAUCACGUUUGCGAUUCACUUUCUCGGGAAUCAGAAGCGACACAGAGUCUCUCUUGGGCGGCUACAAUCCGAGAUACAGUUCAGAAAUACAUCGAAGUGAGCAAGUGCGAGAGUGAUAGUGCCACCAGAUUGCUACUGCUUGGCCGACGGCGCUUCAGGAGCUUUAUAGGCGAGGCUGACGAUACCAACACGAGAGGGCUAAGAUCAAAUCCAGGUUGCUUUGGACUUCUUGGCUACAGUCAUCUGCUAGGAUGCUUGAAGAAUCAUGAAGCCAGAAUUAAGUUUCUGAGGUAUCUAAUGUCAAGGUGUCCAAAAAUCGAAGUCGACCAUUGUUUGAUUCAAUAUCGAGUAGACUGGGGAAUCACUGUAAAAAGCAACCGAUCUCUCUCCUCUGAGAAUUUGAAGUUCCCUGAAUCCUCUUCUGGCCCCAGAAUACCACAUUCGCGUCCAUAUCAGAUCUCUUCGACCGAGCGGGGAAAUGUUUCAGAUGAUGAUUUAUCCGAGUUUUCUGUUGCAAUAGAGUCUCUAUCAGAAGCGGAGAAUGAAAAAGACGAUAAAAAAGGCCCAUUUCAUUAUGCAACCGUGGGUCCCUCCUCAUGGGAGCCAAUCUGCAAGGCUAUGACCUGCCCAAAGGUUCUGGCAACGAUGACACAACAACACGUUGGCUCCACAUAUCGUCGCUGGGCACCUACACAAGAUUGUGAUGCUAAACCCGAUACGGACGAGCAAUCUCUUCUUUACGAUGCUUCCUCCAUUCUAUCUACGUCUUCCGUUCUAUCUACGACUUCGCAUAUUAUGAUCCCCACUUCAGGCGCUCCAUAUUGGCUCAGGCUAGUUUUGGGGGACAUUGAUAGUGCAGCGAUAUUUUGCAACGAAGAUGUAACGCAAACUACACCUGAUAUCGACUUUCUCGAUAUCUCUUGGUGCUUUGAUCAAGAUCUUAUCUGCUGCCAGAGGCUGAAAGAUCAUAUCCGCAAACGAAGAUUCAACGAUAUAACUGAGUUUUUGAUCUCUUUGAACUAUGCGCAGGCGGUAUACAAGUAUCUACCAGAUGCAAGGAUUGCCAUACAGUCACUAGAACACAAAUUCACAGAUCUUGAGUGUUUCCCUCGUACUAGAUAUGGAAGAAGACAUCGAAUCGUCGGGGAAACCCACACAAAUCCACUCAGUACACCUAGCGCCCUCUCAUUGGUGGCAUUCCUAGACUCGGGCAGCUGUAGUCUUCAUACUGGAGACCUAGCUGAUGUAAUGGCAGUGUCAAUUGGAGACAGCCUUUAUUUCCCAAGACAGAUUAUGUGCGACCCAUCCGAACGACCUGCCCCUUACCAUUUGGAAAGAAUCCUAGGCAACGUUGGCAAGGCAGGGCUUGCCCUCCUAAUGCCACCACAAGCACCCAUGAUAAGAGAAAUUGACUAUAAGCGACUCAUGUCCUUACAACAGACGAUAUUCGAUGCAAAGAAUGAGGACUGUUUCCGUGGAACUUCAGUUCAUCUUUCAUUCACGGACCACCAAGUCCCUAUAUUUGAUAACCAUGCGAGAGAAGGCAUAGAUUCUCAGGUCUGCAUCUUGGAAUCUGUAAUAUCAAUUCAAGAUUAUGGGAAAUGGGUGGCAGACGUGGAUAUUUUGAGGGCUCUGAAGAGCAGAAGGCUAUCCUGGGACAGCAUGAAGCGCGAAUGUAUUCAUACGAACCGUGAAGUGCCGCAUCGGCCUCCGCUUUCCAUCGAAGACUGGGACGAUGUGAUCAAUUUCUCGAAUGAUCGUUUCGUGGUCCGGGCGCAUGGGAAUUGGCUUGCUCGUCUAGCGACGACAUCAGUCCUGAUACAGCUGUUUGAAGAGAAGAAUAUAGGAAAGGUCACGAUAUGCGGGAGCAAUACUUGCUGGAACUGUUGCCUGGAAGAAUCAACAAUACCUCAUGCUUUCAUAAUGUGA